AAUUUGUAACGAAAGAAGAUAAUUCCGAGGGAAUUCGAAAAUUAUCAGACAAAAGAAUUCGGCAUAUUCAACAUAAUUCCAAGGAAAAACACAAAAAUGUCAUGCCUAUUUCAAAAAGUGAGGAUUCUCGUAAAAUAUCUAAUGUUAACAUUAGUCACAACGUUAUUAAAAAGUCAAAGACCAUUACUUUAGCCCACCAGGAUACAUACGUUGGGAUCAUGUCAGAACGAAAUACCGAUUGCGUAAAGGAGAAUAAAUAUCUAAAAUCACAGUUAAUUGCAAAAGACAAAAAAAUUGCCGAUCAAUCACAAAUUAUCGAAGAAUUGACAACUUUGAACAUGAGCUUACAAAGAUCAGUCAUUUCAUAUUUUGGUGAAUUCAGAACAUGUAGUGAAAAGUUAGAUGAGAUGAGAAGUCUGGAAGGAGUACAGACGCUGCCUGUCGGCUUUAUUAGGAAAACAGACAACACUAAGCAGCCGAGAAGCAAGAUGCAGAUGCUGGCAGCAAGGCUGCUGAAGCUGAAGAAUCUGCAGAAUAUGCAGAAUUUCCAGAAGCUGCAGAAUUUGUACAAUAUGCAGAAGCUGUGCAUAUGGAAGAAAACGCCGACAAAGGAAAUAAUCUUUCCGGUGAAGCCAACAGAACCGAAGAAAAAGGAGCGAUACUGCAGACGUAACUGACUUGUCGGCGGAGGACUCGUG